UGGCGGCGGCUGCUUACAUUUUAUUUCUCAUUUUGUGCUCUAGUCCCUACGACCGAGCGCAGGGGCUCGCGCGUGUUGCCACAGGGAUCUUACCUCUGACGGACCUGGCACGAGACAGUUUGUUUGUCACAGACAAUAUUUAGGUGUUUGUUGCAAGUUUUUGUUUUAUUUUCGGGUAGCAAACUGCUCUGUCUGCCUGAACUGUUUUACUGGCUGUGGGUUUUAUGUGUCUUAUGUGCUUGCGCUCAAUAGUGAGUGUCUCUGCUUGUGAUUUAUUUAUCCCGCGGAUGGAUCCGGCCGUCGGGGUGGACAUUUGAGCCCAGCAGGAUCAACCUGUCAUAGGGCAUCAUGAUUUUUUUGGUUCCCCUCAACUGGAUGAGGAAUAUCUCCCAUGAGAUGCUGCUGCUGCUCCUGCUGCCGCUGGUGCCGGUGUGGUGUUUUCUUCCUCUGACCGGAGCGGCUCCUUCACUGACAACUGAGCAGCUGGACACGGGGGUGGACUGGCUGAGUAGGUUUGGCUACCUACCGCCCCCGGAUCCUGUGACCGGCCAGCUGCAGACCAAAGAGGCGUUGACCAAUGCCAUCAAAGCCAUGCAAAAGUUUGGAGGGCUGAAAGAAACUGGAGUAUUAGACCAAGCCACACUAGGUCUAAUGAAAACCCCCAGAUGCUCUCUGCCAGAUGUCUCUGAUCCCAACAUGAUGACGGGGCGCAGGAAACGAAGCUUGAACACACAGAACAAAUGGAAUAAGAGACAUCUGUCGUGGAGAGUGAGAACCUUCCCAAAGAAUUCAGCCUUACUGGGUAGGGAUACUGUUCGAGCCCUCAUGUUCUACGCCCUGAAGGUCUGGAGUGAUAUCGCGCCUCUUAACUUCCACGAGGUGGCCGGCAGCGAUGCAGACAUCCAGAUCGACUUCACUAAAGCCGACCAUAAUGAUGGAUACCCCUUCGAUGGGCCCGGGGGCACAGUGGCACAUGCCUUUUUUCCUGGGGAGAGGUUUACCGCGGGCGAUACACACUUUGAUGAUGACGAGGCCUGGACCUUUAGAUCACCAGACUCUCAUGGGAUGGAUCUGUUUGCAGUGGCAGUUCAUGAGUUCGGUCAUGCCAUCGGCCUGGUCCAUACCUCAGCUAUGGAGUCCAUCAUGAGACCGUACUACCAAGGUCCUGUGGGAGACCCUCUGAAAUACGAUCUUCCCUAUGAGGACAAAGUCCGUGUCUGGCAGCUCUAUGGUGUCAGAGACUCUGUGUCCCACACGAAUCAGCCAGGCAGCCCAUCCCAGACACCUGAGCCUCCCGUCUUUCUCGACCUUCCUGAAAACAGAUCCACGUUCUUACUGGCACAAGAUGCUCCAGACAGGUGCACCAGUCACUUUGAUGCUGUGGCCCAAAUACGAGGAGAGGCUUUCUUCUUUAAAGGGAAGUACUUUUGGAGACUAACAAGAGAGAAGCAUCUGGUCUCUCUCCGUCCUGCUCACAUUCAUCGCUUCUGGAGGGGGCUUCCUCCCAAUCUGGAUAGUGUGGAUGCUGUUUACGAGAGGCCAGGGGACCACAGAAUUGUAUUUUUCAAAGGUCAAAAGUACUGGGUAUUCAAAGACAAUAAUGUUGAGGAGGGUUACCCCCGUCCAAUUAGUGACUUUGGCCUGCCCGUGGAAGCCGUGGAUGCAGCAUUUGUUUGGUUGCACAACGACAAAACCUACUUCUUCAAAGGUAACCACUUCUGGCGCUAUGAUGACCACUUGCGACACAUGGACCUUGGCUACCCCAAAGACAACAUGCUUUGGAAAGGGCUGCCACUACAGCUGGAUGACGCCAUGAGGUGGUCUGAUGGAUCAUCCUAUUUUUUCAAGGGAAAGGAGUACUGGCGAGUGCCGGGCAGUGACAUGGAGGCAGAGGCAGGAUAUCCCCGCCUGAUUGCAAAGGACUGGCUGCUCUGCACUGAGAUGCAGUCGGACUCUCCAGACACGGAAGCCAAAAACACGGAAACGAGGGUCAACAUUCACGGCCACUCAGACCAUGCAGAGAACGGAUAUGAGGUGUGCUCCUGCACCUCUGACACCGCCUCGCCUUUGGGCAUCCACCUAUCCCCAUCUCCAGUUUGGCUGCUGCCACCUCUUUGGACGCUCUUACUGACCUUACGCUCAGAUCUGCUAUGAUGCUGAGUCAUGGGAUUAAGUCCUUUUGUUGAGUGCUAGAGACAGACUGAUUAGUGGAUGCUCAGCAAAAAAAAUAAACUGGAAGAAUUUGAUCAUAUAAAUACAGUUUAUUUUAUUUGUUUUGUUCUCUUUAUUUCUCGGGAGUUAUUUAUUUCACUUAUGGUCACUUAAACAGCCUUGCAGUAGUCAUUCUACAAACAAUUAUCAGUUAAUACCAGUGACAGUAUUAGGUGUUUCAUACGCUGCGUUGCACAGAAAUACAAGUUAUUUACUCUCCAAAUGGCCUCAUCCAUGCUAAGAAGGCUAAGUAGAGCAGAAUGUUCAGAUGAAGGUGGUUUUGUCAUUGCAUAUUUGAAUGGACUUGCUUUGGGGGGUAUUCAGUUAUACGAAUAUAAGCUGAGGGGUCAAACUGCUAGAGGUUGAGAGUAUUCAUGUCAAAACUGACACAGGUUUGGAAAUUACAGCUUCUUACUCACCAAAAAGCUGUAUCUUAAAAUAAUAAUAAUAAUUUAAUGCAAUAUAACAAAAUACUGAACAAUAGAACAUAAUACUUUAAUGCUAAUCCUACGGGUGUUUGCUUUUUGAUGUUGUGCAAGUAAAAUGUAGCUCUUCAUCAGAAUGAAAUCAUUUUUUCACAAUAUUCUACUGAUUUACUGCCAGUGUCUUUUUUACUGGUUACUUUCAGUAAUCUGUCCUGUAGGCAUGGGCCAGUUAUAAGGAUUCAAAAAGUUUUAUAGUCCUACAGUUAAAAGUUGUUUUUAUUAGAAUAGAAUAAUGCAGUGCUGUCCCUUCCCUAUACGUUGCACUUCUGGUCAACAUGCUGAAUGAAGGAUUCUACAUAAAUUGGUUGUUUUGAAAGUUUUAUUUUCACAAAUAAACUCCAAUGGCCAUGGUUUGGAAACUGAAGAAGUGCA